GCUUCCAGAGUUCUCUUAUUGUUGACCUUUGUGUUCAUCUAUCAGUCUCUUAUGGGAGUGACAAAGGCACAAUUAGCUUCUGCAUUUGCUUCUUUCUGGCUCUAAAGUCAUACGAUUGACUAUCAAAAAUUUUAAAUUUCAACUUGUUUAAUAAAAGAUAUCAUCUACGCCUUCCCAGGAUAUACAUACGCACUCUUCAAAAGAUCAUUUUCUUCUAAAAAUCAGUAAUGAGUGAAAUAAUUUAUACUAAUAUGCUACGUAAAUGUUCAUCUAAGCCACAAGAAAAUCAAGAACUUGAAAUAACUAAAAAAAAGGGUCUAUCAGUUGUUAUUCCUAAAGAUCUUCCUCCUCUAUUUUUAUGGAAAGCCAUUGCAGCGACUGUGGGGAUCAUUUGCCUGGCGCUGCUUUUGUCUGUUGGAGUUUUAGCCACAAAGUUGAAUCAGAAGUCAUUUAAUACAAGAAACAUCUACAAUGAGGAAAGAAGUGAAACAGGCUGGAAUAUUCCUAAUUGUCCCAAUGAAUGGUAUCAGCGUGGAGAAAACUGCUACUAUUUGUCAAGAAUCAAGAAGAUUUGGAAUCAAUGUCUAGACUAUUGCACUAGUUUAAAUUCAACAUUUCUUAAAUUCGAUACUGAAGAAGAGAUGGUAAGGAAUUUUAUAAAGAAAUUGUCAAAGACGCCUUGUGAAAAUUUACAAGCAAAGUUCUUCAUGAACUUGUACUACGACAGUACACAGUCAAAAUGGGUUUGGCUGGAUGGUACAGAUCUUACCCUGAACAUGCUUCCAACUCCUGGACAUGAAAAUGUUGAUAGUAAAUGCAUAUAUGUAUAUUAUAGCAGUAUUAAUGCUGAAGAUUGUCAAAUUAUGGGAUACUGUAUCUGUAAGAAGAAUAUUCAGAUCUGAUAACUCUAUGAAAAGAAAAUAUAGCAAACAUGUGAGAUUUCCCACGGUGAUGACUUCAACAAUGUCAACAAUAUAGUUCCUGGGAAAAAAAGUUUAUUAUAGAAGUCCGUGUGCUAUUUUAAUUUACAUCCAUAAUAUCUAACAAUAGAAAUAAUAAUAA